GACACAGCUCAUAAUAUUACAUUUCUUCUCUAUACUUUGGUUGUCACACGCAUCUUCCUAUUUCAAGUCGAGCAAAAGAAAAUCAUAUAAGAAAACGCUGUCGUAUCCACAGAACCCCCCCCCUCCAUUUCCUUCGGACCUUCUCUUUAUAAAAAUUCACUUCUUCAAUUUCAUCACAUCUUCAAUAAUUCUCUUCACCAGCCCCCAUGGACGGCGGCAGAACUGCCCUAACCACCGCUCUCUGGCGGUCCUUCAGAAACGGCGAUUUCGAAGAAGAAGACGUCUGGAAUGUUCUCAACGAGAAAUCCAAAACCACCUCCUAUCAUUCCAGUUUCCCCACCGAUUCAUCCAUUAUGGAAUCCCCCUUUCUCCCCUCCGCUUCCAGAAUGAUUCCGAGGCCCAACGGCGGCGUGGGUGCUCAAAUUGGGUCCAUUCCGCAGUGGUCGAAAACCGAGAGAAGAAAAAACCCUAGGAAUAGGAAAGUGUGUUGGGAUGAAGAGGAUGAUGAGGAUGGAGUAGUUGAGGGCGGCGGUAGCGAGGAGGAGGAGGAUGAAGAAGAAGAAGAAGAAGAAGAAGAAGAAGAAGAAGGAAUUGGGAAGAGAGUUCCGCCGCAUGAAUUGAUAGCAAAGAGAUUGGCUAGGGCUCAGAUAUCGUCGUUCUCGGUGUUUGAAGGAGCUGGAAGAACUUUGAAAGGAAGGGAUCUGAGUAAAGUAAGAAAUGCUGUUCUAACCAAAACUGGAUUUCUUGAAUCCCUAUGACACUCAAAAUCAAAUUUUGGGGAUUUUGUGAAAUAUUCUCUCUCUCUUUCCUUUAGGGGUAUUUUUGACCUUUCAUCCUUUUUCCAAUUUUUUGUUUUGCCCCCACCUCCCUCCCUAUAUAAUAUGUAUACUGUCCAUCAACUUAAAAUCCUAAUAUGUACAUUCACAUUUUAAUCCUUCAGUCAGGCCAAAGUCCAAACAUUAUCUGUGUAUGUAGAGAUGAUCACAGGUCUCUUGGAGUUA